CGCCAGUGUUUACCAACACCCGCUAGUGACAGGUCACGCCCUCGCUCUCCUCCUGUCACCUGACCUCCCAGGUCACGCCCUCGCUCUCCUCCUGUCACCUGACCUCACAGGUCACGCCCUCGCUCUCCUCCUGUCACCUGACCUCACAGGUCACGCCCUCGCUCUCCUCCUGUCACCUGACCUCACAGGUCACGCCCUCGCUCUCCUCCUGUCACCUGACCUCACAGGUCACGCCCUCGCUCUCCUCCUGUCACCUGACCUGGCAGGUCACGCCCUCGCUCUCCUCCUGUCACCUGACCUCACAGGUCACGCCCUCGCUCUCCUCCUGUCACCUGACCUCACAGGUCACGCCCUCAUUCUCCUGUCACCUCCCUCUCUGACCUGACAGGUAAUGGCUUCGCUCUCCUGUCACCUCCACUCUGACCUGACAGAUCAUGCCCUUGCUCUACUUCUGUCACUUCCACUCUGACCUGACAUGUCAUGCCCUCACUCUUUACAUGUGACCUUGCCUCCCCUCUAAUGUGUCCUCAUCCCUCAUCUUCCAUCUGACCUCACACAUCACUCUCUCUUUGCAACCCUCCCCUCCUGACCUUGGUCACCCUGACAUCUGACCUUGCUUCAUACCUGCUUGAUGGGGUUCUGGGAAUUGUUCUACUCCCCAAGCCUAGCCCGAGGCCAGGCUUGACUUGUGAGAGUUUGGUCCAACAGGCUGUUGUUUGAAGUGGCCCGCAGGCCCACAUAUGCACCACAGCCCAGUUGGUCCAACACUUCUUGAAGAAAACCAUCUGGUUUUCUCUUGAAGAUGAUGUCAGUUCCUCUGGCUUGCCAGCAGUCCUUGCAUUGCCUUCCCUCUGACCUCACAGGCUUUCACCUCUGAUUUCAAUACUCUUCUAUUUGGUCUCACUCACCUGCAUCUCUUAACAUUCCACCUCUGACUUCUUGUUUUCUGAAGUCGGAUACUUGCCAGGUUUCACCUCCCACCGGGAACUACCUCUAGUUUUUAUUUGUAUUUGUAAUUAUAUACAGUGCUGUAUAUAUAAGGUAUAAUAGGUUGUGAAAGUACAUAUGUUGGUGAUUAAAUGCCACAUUCUUGCAGAGCCACUCCUGAAACACUGUAUUAGUGGCUUUAAGCAUAGUAUAUACUAGCUCUAUCUAGAAAUCCAACAUUCUGUUUCUUACUCAUUUUGUAUGUAUGUACUUUUACCUUAAUAAACUAUUUAUUUAUUUAACAUUCAUGGCAUUUUGAGUAAGUCCACUCAAGUCAUCCCCACCUUUCAAUCUCGCAUCAUGCCCAAACUUGCUGUCUCUUCUCCCCUGAGAGCUGAGCUCAUCUUUGCUCUUGCUGCUAACCUGACCUCUGGACCUCUCAUGUUAUGCCCUCACUUUUGAUCUAACUCCUGAACUCUCCACUUCUCUCACUAAUGACUUUGCCGCUCACCUCCCUCUUGCCCUCCUGCUAACUUUGUCUCAUAAUCUGCAUGUUUUGCAAAGAGCAAGAGGAGUUCUAUGAACACUGUCAAGUCUGUGAUACGUUGUGUGAUCAGUGGAACAGAAUACAUGUAAAAUGCACACAUUAAAGAAUCUUGACCUAACAUAGUCUAGUAUAAUACUAAUCACACCAUGGAUCGAAGUGCCAUUGAAAUGUUGAGCGCUUCUCUGGUUCGAGAGUAUCUUGCCAAAAAGAGGUUGAAGAAGACACUACAGCAACUAGAUGAGGAGCAAAGUGGGUAUUCCACGUGUGUCCGCAACCGCCUGAAACUUAUGAAAGCAUUGCACAUUGGCAAACUCAUGAAACGCAACAAGGAGCUAGAUUCUGCACUGGAUUCAAUGGUUGAGGUCAUCGUUCACUUCUUGCUUGACCAUGCACAUACAUCCAGAAGCCAAGCACAAGCCCCACAGAAUGAUCAUGUGUGUGAGAGGAAAGAGGACCAACUAGUCAAAGCCUCUGAUGUUGAUAAUGCUAUUUUUGUAGAAGUUUAUAGUAAUAAUGUGCCCACUAAUGUUGGCACUAAUGAAAUCUUGUUUGCUGCAAAUAAAGUUGGUGCUCAGUAUGGAAAUGAUAACAAAUCAGGUAGUGAUGUUAAUGAACAGUGCCAAUAUUUCAGCCAAGUGUGUGAUAGUAAUGAGCAAUGUAACAAAAAUAUGGAGCAGUGUACUCCCUUUAAAGUACAAGCAAAAAAUACAACAGAUAUACGUCAAAGUGAAUAUGAAUUGAGGGAAUAUUUAGCUAGCAAGGAUUAUAGUGGAAGGGAUAAUGAUAUCAAGUGCUCACAACCUGUUGCCAAUAUAUUAACAUGUAAUGAAUCCGGUGAAUCUUCAUCGAGGGAAUCGGACACAGAUUCUGAGGCUGAAUCAAGUGUUUCAUCAGUUGUUGAUCUCCUCAUGGAUGUGCCAGAUGGAUGUAGGAAUCCUAAUGGUGUAACAACAGACAUGAUAUUUAGUGUGUCAGACUUGCCUCGACUACAGACUCCUCGCGUGUCUCGCACUCAACAAGAAGUUAAUGUGAUUGUUGCAUGGACAGAGGAAAGUGACAAUGAAGAAACAGAGAUGUGUACAAAUCGUGCUAUAGGACACAUGAAAUGUGAAAAUUCAAGCGAAGAACUUGAGGCAAGUGAAAAGUGGGCAAGUGAAAGACCAGAAAAACACGAGAAAGCUAAUAACAUUUCACUAAAAGAAGCACGAGAAUGCGAUCAAGAAUUUCCACCUCAAGAAGAGGUGGGUUCGGCUGCCCCGUCCCGCCUGGGAGUGGGAACACUGUCCCGCCCAAGCACGCAGGAGUCAACACUCACCUCCCAGCAUCUCUUGUGGCUGCAAGAAAACUCCCGCGAUGGAGGGAUUACGGGAGGUAUCCUCCGUCAUGGCAGAGCAGGAAGUGGCAGCAGCGGAGAGAGCGACAAGAGGUCACCAGAUCUGCUGCAGCUCAACACCCGCGGAUCCACCCUCAACACCAGUCAAAUUCUAGACAGCCCGCUUCGGACUUACCGCUCUAACACCCAGCUGCAAAAUAAUUCCAUCAAUCCUCUGAAGUCAAACAACAAUGGUUACAUUUCAAAUGGCUCCAUAAAUGGCCAUACUUUUAGGAAUGCCAUUGUGCACAAUGGCUCGGUUCCUUUCGAUAUUCAGGGCAGAAGCGUGUUUGAUAGUGAGGCUGAUGUCGAUAUAGCAAGUGUGGCCGCGCAACGAGACCAGUUGAGAGGUGCAAGGAAUAUACGUGGAAUGAUGGCACCAGUUAUGAGCAAGGAGGAGGAAUCACAUUCCAGGAGUGCCAACCGGAGAAUGACUCUUACCAAACAACGUAGUGAAUCCAUACUUGGAGACCACGAAUCUCAAGAUAUUGAAUUUCCAUCCACUGAAAGUGUGGAGAAUGAUAAUAACAGUGAUGUGCUUGGAAAUCUUGUAGUAAAAAGGAGUGGGGCUGAUAUUAGUAGCCAAGUCCGUGCUCUACAAGCGGGUUUGGUGGGGAUUGGUUUGAGACCACAUGGGGAUUAUCUAAAUGCCGCUAGAUUUGGUGACAUAAUGGCCCAAUCUAUGAGGAGACAGAGUCUGAGGGGCUCUAAACAAAGUCUCUUAGAUGGUAAUUAUGCAAGUUUGGAGUCCAAUACAAGCUCUAGAUUAAGUAUGGGCGAAGCUAGUCCGGAAGGUGACAGAUAUCUCAUUGCUGAACAAGGUUAUAUUACCGCAAAAAGAAAGAACCUGCAAAAAUUAAUUCCAAAUUCCCGUGAAGAUAUACAAAUCCUCAACCUGCAGGGCUUCAUGGAUGCUUCAGGAGCUGCAGGUGAUGGAGGAAGCACCAGUAAGCGAAAACAUAAGAAAAGGAGAAACAAAAGAGCUAUUGAUUCGGGACACCAAGAUAAGGGGAGAGAAACGUAUAAACUUAAUACAAAAUCUAGAAGAAAGAGAAGUCACAGACUUUCUAAGACUCAUUUAAGUGAUGAUGACGAUGAUGGAGAGAUGAUGUUGAAAGAUAUUGAUGAUAUUGAUAACAAAGUUGCAGGGCUUGUUUUAGGACCAGAAAAUAUAUGCAAGGAAUCAUCAGGAAGACCCAUCACCUUGGACGAAGCUAGCCACCUAAGAAGUAUCCUUACUGGAAGUCCUGCGCAGCCUCUUCCAACUGAAUGGUUGUCUCAAAACUUUAAACAAAAUUCCAAUCCAAAUUUAUCAUAUGGACUUAUUCAAAAGAAGGGUGGACCAUGUGGUGUGUUGGCAUGUGUCCAGGCAUAUAUAAUGAAGUGCUUAAUUUUUGGUACAAGUGUGGCUCCCAACACGAGCCCUAUAAGUCCUCUACGGCCAUCACAGAGGGAGUGGUUGUGGGCCUUAGGAGUAGCAAUUACCGAGAUUCUCUGGAAAGCUGGCCAGGAACAGAGAGCAGUGCUGGCAAUGCCUGGUUCUUUUGCUCAUUUUACGGAGCAUGGCAUUGGUCGCUACAGUCAGGAUGGAAUGACAGAGAAUCUUACUUUGCAUGAGUUUGUAGAGCUGAGAGACCUGUAUGAUGCCGUCACUCGGCACAUCUCUGCUUUUACCUCAGAGAACAGUUCAGGCUGUGUCAUUCUCCUGUACUCUCUUAUAUUUACCAGAGGAAUGGAAAACAUUCAAGCUGAUAUGGACUCUGAUGGAGGACAUCUUAUAAAUGCACAUGGAUACUCUUCCCAAGAAAUAGUAAAUCUCCUUCUGACUGGAAAAGCUUUCACCAAUACUUUUGACGGAGAUCAGAUAUUAGGAAAUACAGCUAGCGAGUCAGUUGUACUUCAUGGCAUCACUCAUAAAUCAGAAAUUGGUCUCUUAUCACUUUUUGAACAUUAUGAUUGUUUCAAGGUUGGUAAUUUCUUGAAGAGUCCACAAUAUCCAAUAUGGGUGGUAUGUUGUGAGAGUCACUACAGCUGCUUAUUUAGCCGCGAUACAUCUGUGACGUCAGACACGCCUUCAGUUUCCAAGUUUGACAUCUAUUACUAUGAUGGGCUUGCACUUCAAGAAGAUGAGAUAAGACUUACUAUUGAUCUGAAUGGUGAUGAGAAUGAUUUGACCAUUAUCCCUCCGCUGGAGCAUUGUAUCAGAACCAAGUGGAAAACUGCUUCAGUAAAUUGGAAUGGUACAGAUCCAAUUUUAUAGAAAAUUCAUGCAAUUGCUAGUACUGUAGUUAUGUCAUAGUCACACCUUGACAAAUAUUCAUGCUGGCUUCAUUAAUAUGAAGAUUUAAUGAUGUACAAUACAUUAAAUUGCAUUCUCAA